GUGGCGUCGCGUGUUCAUCGCGACUUCAGUUCUCUCUUCGCUUUGUGGAUUUGGAUUUUUGGCUGUUUUCCGCCCGACAAAAAAACCCAAUCACUAUCACUAUAACUCUAACUAUAACUAUACUGUUCUAUAUAGUUGAUCCAGCGAGAAACGCGUUACUAAACCACAUAACUACACACACACACAAAAACACACCCACACACACCACCAACAACAACGACGACGAGAAAAUGUCACAUCAAAGUUAUAAUAGUGCUAAAAUCGCAGAAAUACCCCAAGAUCCCUAAAAUUAGAAAAAAAGGGAGGAAAACAAAAAAAAAAACGCGCAAAAUACAAAAAUCAUCAUCGAAAAGAAAAGAAAAACUUGUGAAAAACUAGAAAUACAAAACUAAGAAAAAAAAAAACAGCCAGUGCUAACUAAACGGGAAGAAUUUUUUUUGGUGUCCCUAUUUUUUGGUGUUUUUUUACUCCUCGAUUUUCCCCCUUUUGACGCAAAACGUGCGCAACAACACUUGUGAGACGGCGGGAACGGGAUACAAAUAGAUAAAGCCGAAAGCGACUGGAAAGCUAAGGAAACCCAACCAAAUUGGAUUACAAUUAAUUGAACAGAGACGGCAGCCGUUAGCACUCAGGAACUAAGAUAUUAAAAAAACCAGACUCGGCACAAUGUCUCUACCGAUCUUCGAAUUCCGGGUCGACGAUUUCCCAGUCCCCGACUUGUGGGACCUCUUCGAUACGGAUGUCCCCAUGUACGACAUGGACCCCCAGUCGGGGGUGUCCACAAUCCAUGGUGAUCUGGAGAAGCUCGGCAACGAGGAUAUGGGCUUCUCCGGCUACGAUACGGAGGAGGAUAUGAAGCCGGAAAUCCGUAACGGUGAUUGCAUGUGGUCCUCGAUGGCCACCUGUUUGAGCAGCGGUAAUAUGAUGGUAAACGGAUCCGGAUCCGGAUCUGGAACCGGUAACAACAGUGCAGCCUCGUCAUACAGUGAAAGCAGCGCCAUAGCCCUGGCCGUGGUAUCCGGCUCCUCAAAUCCCUACAGCUAUCAGCGAUCGCAGGCGACGGAUAAUACCAGCAGCAGCAGCAGCCAGUUGAAUCAACAGCAGCAGCAAAAUAUGCCGCUGACCAUCAAGAAGGAACCCUUGGAUCAGGACUAUCAGGUCAGCCAGAAGCGCCGGCGUUUAAGUGGCGGCGAUAAGAAGUCCCAGCACAUCCAGGAUGAGGACAUGUUAAUACCGCCCGGUGGAAGUCUCCUCCGCAAGAGGAACAACAUUACGACCAACAACAACCAGACAUUGGUGGGCGUGGGCGAGAACACGAAAUACCUGAGGCCCGAUACACCCCACAGUCUUACCGACGAGGUGGCCGCACCAGAAUUCAGACAUAAUGUCGAUUUGCGUGCCUGCGUGAUAGGCAGCAAUAAUAUUUCACUGACAAUCGAUGAUGGCGAUGACAAUUACAUUCAGCAGAUAAGCAGGGAUCUACAAAAUGUCGGCAAGGAUAAGCUCUCGAUGCAAUUCCCCACACCGGCAUUGAUCGAUGUCCUCGAUUUGGUUAGCCAGCAACAGAAUUCGACAACAAGCAGCAACAUCAACAACCAACAGCAGACAAACCAACAGAUUGACGAGCAACAGCAGGCCAUCGAUAUAGCCACUGGAUGCAGUACAGUGGGCUCUCCGCCGACAACCGGCUCUGAUUCCGAUUCAGAUGAUGGCGAAUCCCUCAACUUUGGACUGCGGCACCAUCGCAGCAGCCUGAGCAGUACGACGAAGGCGGCCAACAAAACCAGCAGCAGCAGCAACGGCAUGUUGCACAUGAUGCACAUCAGCGAUCACAGCUACACGCGCUGCAACGAUAUGGUCGACGAUGGACCCAAUCUCGAGACCCCCUCCGAUUCCGAUGAGGAAAUCGAUGUGGUCUCGUACACGGACAAGAAGCUGCCCACGAAUCCCUCGUGCCACGUGAUGGGCGCCCUGCAGACCAAGAUGGCCCACAAGAUCUCCAUCGAUCACAUGAAGCAGAAGACUCGCUACAACAACUUCAAUCUGCCGUACACGCCGGCCAGCAGCAGUCCGGUAAAAUCGGUGGCCAACUCGCGUUAUCCAUCGCCAUCGAGCACCCCGUACCAGAAUUGCUCCUCCGCCUCGCCGUCCUACUCGCCGCUGUCCGUGGAUUCGAGCAGUUCCAGCUCCAGUUCGCACUCGAGCUUCACCACCUCCAACAAACGCAAGCGAUCCUGCCUGAAGGCCCCAGGUGGCGUCUUCACAUCCAGCAGCAGCAGCAGCAGCGGUGUGGUCAUGGCCGGUGGCAUUAUGAUGGGCAAGAAGUGUCGCGGCAAGAAGGUGGUCAGUCCGUCGGCCUCCUCGUCGGGAAGCAUAUCCCCGCUGUCGGCCGGAUCCAAGGAUAUGGAUCCCAUGGAUCGUGCUUGGCAGCGACGCAGUGGUGGAGCCAGUGGCCUGACCUCUAGCCAAAGCAGCGGCAGCAGCAGUGUCCUCCGGAAGGACUUUGUCUUGGGCCUGGACGAGGCCGAUACGAUCGAGAAGCGUAAUCAGCACAACGACAUGGAGCGCCAGCGUCGCAUUGGCCUGAAGAACCUCUUUGAGGCUCUGAAGAAACAGAUUCCCACCAUCAGGGACAAGGAGCGGGCUCCCAAGGUGAAUAUCCUGCGGGAGGCGGCCAAGCUGUGCAUCCAGCUGACCCAGGAGGAGCAGGAGUUGAGCAUGCAGCGCCAGGUGCUGAGUAUGAAGCUGAAGCAGCAGCAGGAGAUUCUGGCCCGUUACAGGCUUGUAAAAUCCGAAUCGCACUCGGCUAGUGGAUAGUGUUGUCAUCUAGAACAACUAUCUGCUUAAAGCGGCGGCGGCGGCGUAGAGCUAGGAGCCCUACCAUAUAUAUAUAUGUAUCCUAUUUUUUGCGAUUUAUCUUUUGAUUUAACUUCGAUUCUUUCUUGACCUUAAGCCUUAUAAACAUGAUUUUUUUUUUCUGUGGAGAACUUCAAUAUCAGUUGGUAGGUUAUUUUUAAUGAUUUGCUUGCUUCAUACAUUUUUUUUUUUGUACUAUUCAAGAGGGGUAGUGUACAAGUGAUUUAACAAAUUUGAUUUCUUUAAUGUGAUAUAUAUAUGAUUUUCUUUCCGCACGUCUUGAUUUGGCAUGGAAAUUAACGAAAACGGUCUUAUGGAAUCAAGUUGAAGUGUUUUUUUUUCGCUGCAUAUACUACAAUAUAUACACGUAGGACUAGGUUUAACUAACGUUUAGGGGUCUGUAUAUAACAUAUGAUAUAGGUUACAUUAUAGUUAUUUUUUUGAAUUAGCUACUUAACCAUGAAGUAAACAAAAAGGAAAACAAGAUUUAAGGAAAGAAAGAAAAACACAAAAAAUAAGGACAAAGAACCAAACAAUGAAAAGUGAAAGUAAUAGUGAAGAAAGUAAGAAGAGGGAGAGGAAGAGGAAGAGAAGAAACACAAACACACGAAAAGGGAAACACAAAAAAGAGAAAAACAAAAACGGAUACGGAAAACAGACAAAAGUUACAACGAAAGAGCCACAAAGAGGAGAUAGAAGAGCACACAAAAUCGGAAGUGAGAACGAUGAGAUAUAUUUAGGAAUUAGUAUAGCUAAAAGUAGAACUUUUGGUUGGUAUACCCCCCAAAAAUGGAAAUAAAGAGCCGGCUUCAAAUGGUUCCAAACUUCUUGACGAAGCAAUACGGAACACAAUAUUUCAAACUUGGUUCAUUAGUUUACCUAGAACUUACCCCUAAAACUAUGGAUACAUCUUUUUUACAUGCGCUUUUGGGUUCUAUAUCUUUUAAGACGCAUCCUUGGAGCAGUAAAGAAACCCGAAAUGCAUACACACCUCAAUGCUUUUGCUUAGACCCUCAGAUAUCCUCCCGCUAUUAACCAUAUAUGUAUAAAUAAAUAUAUAUAUGUAUGUUAGAUGACGCGAAGAUGAAAAGAAAACGCUUUUUAUAUACACCCUAAAAACAAAAACUUGAACUCUACUGCCUAUAUUGAGAAAAUACAUUUUAUUUGCUAUGAAGAUUCAAAUAUGAAUGUAGUUAUAUCCGUGUGCAUAUAUGGGAACCUUUUUACAAUCAUUAUCUUUUAUUUUUUUUUUGCUACACCUAGGUAUACAUAUAUAUAUAUAUAUAUUUUUUAACUGAUAACUAUGCAUAUGAAAUGCGCAAAACUUAACGAAAACAAAACGGAAUUAAGGAAACUUUAAACUAUUUAAUAGUGCUAAAACUAAACGAAAACCUCUCGAGAAUAGCUGAUAUAUAGAUAGGAAGAGAGAGAGAGAGAGAGAGAGGGCGAAAGAGUGGAGAAAUUGGCUGCAAAGUUUGUGAUUGGAGUUACGAGAGACCCAGAGCGAUAUAUACACCCACGACCCAAGACCCAAGAGAAAACUCAAACUUUUGUGAGCUGUUUAACUGUCGAUUUUUUGCUAAUAAGUUAUAGCCUCUCGGCAAUAUGUUAUAUAUGAUUAACGAUUAUACCGAUUGUUUACACGCAUCUAAAUAUCAACUAAAUAACUACUACUAAACUAAAGGACAUGGAGCAUUAAGCGAAUGCUAUUGAAGUUAAAAGCGCAUGAGAGAAUAUGUAGGAAAACACGAACGCGAUUCUAUGGAAAUGUCAACUGUUAUUUAGGUUUAGACACACAAAGAACACACAUGAUAUAUAUAUAUGGAUAUUCGAUAUAUAGAUAUAUUUGAUGACCAGAAAUUGAAUGAGAUCGCGAGGGAGGUUAUAUAGGUAAUAAUUCCUAUAUAUAAGCAGUAAAUUUCUUAGUGUAGGGCGACGUUUCAACGACAUUUUUUUAUGUGAGUUCUAGGCUAAUGGCUAAUACCUACUAAACCUAUACCCAAAUAUAUAAACAUAUAUAUAUAUAAUCUUAUAAUUUUUUUUGUUUACCACUAGCUUUACGUUUGAACCCAUGAAAUAUUUUGUAUCUUAUACUUUUUCUUCAUUACGCCGCCGCAAAACUUCUUGAAAAGCAAACUUCUUAACCCUUCUUUCUUUUUUGAAUAAUUAAAUUACACUAAAAACUUGUUAAAUGGAAAAAAAAUUACAUAUACGUGGACAAACAAUUAAAGAGUAAAUUUUUUGUAUUGUUUCGACCAAAAAAAAAAAUGUGUACACACUGUAAAUAGCAAUCUCGUUAAAUAAUAGUUACACACGCCUACAAAAUAGCGAACCCAAAACCCAA